GCAUGAAGUGGGUAACAGCAAUUGCAAAUGAUCCUAUUAUAAGAAUAAUAAAAAAAACACUCCACCUCUCCUGUAACUCUACGUCACGUGACUUCGUGGAAUUUAAAGCAGGUCAGCCAGUCAUGAUUGUUUGAUAAAGCAUUCAACAUGGGAGGCAAACUCUCAGCUCCACGCAGAGAGAGAAUACAUGAAAGGCAGUGGACUGAUGUCUUUGAGACUCACGAAGAAGAUGUCUCAGGAUUUAAUGAAAGAUUCGUAGGCUGUGAAGAUGAGUUGAGCUCUGGAGAAAUCAGCUGUACCGUAGUAGAAGAGAAAUGUUACGACCCUCAAGACGCCACUCUUACAUUUGUGGAGGGAGAUGAUGAUUUAGAUUUUUUGUGUGAGGACUAUAAGUCUCUCAGAGCGAAGAUGUCCUGCGGCCAUGCUGUUACUCCGAUGUCUCUCACCAUCUGGUGUCGCCAUUUGCUGGACAGUGGCAAGUGCAAUUUUGUGUGUGGUCAAACUGACUGCGAUGUCGAGUGGCCCUUCGAGGAGGUGUACAAAAUGGCUCUCCUGACUGAAGAAGAAGUGGAAUACUUUGAGAAGACAGUGUUCAGUAACGCUGGCAAGGAUUACCUGGGCGUCAAAUCAUGUCCUGGUUGCAGUUCUCGUGUGGUAAGAAGUGACCUCCAUGACCUCUGUGUCCAAUGCCCAGUGUGCACAGCCAGGAGAAGGCGGCGUUAUAAAUUCUGCUGGCAGUGUUUGAAGAAAUGGAAAGGUCCGGCUCCCCGUUCAGACCGCUGUGCAAAUAGAGACUGCCAGAACCCACUGGACAUACUGAGAAACUGCCCAGACAUCUCCUUUGAGGACGUGGAGGGGGUCUCCGGCUGCCCCUCCAUCCGGGCCUGUCCCACCUGUGGUUUGCUGUUGGAGCACAACAGAACCCAAUGUAAAAACGUGUUCUGUGCCCGCUGUAAAGUGGAGUUCUGUUUCGUCUGCCUGAAGCUCACUGAAGAGUGUGUGGAUGAGGACGACAUAUCCUCCUUUUACAGACUUUGUCCCAGUGGUGUAGCACCGAGGCAGACCUCCGUACCCGUGUGGCAGAGGACAUGACUCUUAUAAUAACAACUUUAAAAAUAUUUAAAAUGGUCUUCAGAAUCACCAUAACUGUUAUUACCUAGAAAACCUCUUACCUGCUUUCUUUCUCAAACCCCAAAUUAUGACUAACAUGUUGCCUAUUAUGAUUUUUUUAAUAUUUAACAUUCUUUGUAUUCUAUACUUUGUUUUCUUUUUAAUUUAGUGAGAGACAAUUAAUAAUAAUAACAAAUAAUGAUAUGUAACAUUUGUUGAUUUAACAAGGUUGGCAGUGCACAAGGGGGAAGAUAUGCAUACAUACAUUGAGUAUGUACUAACAGCAAAAACAUGGAUGGGAUGAAAGCUAAAUAAAAAGGGACGUGUUCAAGGUA